AUGAGUGCCUCAGGCUCUUAUUCAGUAAAAGAGGGGUAUAAUUCUUUGUCUCGGGCUUCCUCCUCCUCCUCCUCUUGGCCUACUAAUCUUUUUUGGCAUCUGGCUUUCCUUCCUAAAGCAGGGUCUUUUGCUUGGUUGGCAAUUCAAGAUAAAGUUAUCACUGGGAUGAGAUUGGAUAGGCUUGGGAUUACUGCGGUUUUUCCUUGUGUUAUCUAUGGUUAUUGUAUGGAAACCAUGGAUCAUAUUUUUCUGCUUUGUCCUUUUGCUUGGGAGUGUUGGCAUUGGCUCUUUGGAAUGCUUGGCUGGACUUCUGCUCUUAGCUCUAACCUGUUGUCAUAUUUCAUGGCUUGGCCCUUGCUGUAUUCAUCCUCUUCUUAUUCAUCUCUUUGGAUUGUGGCACCUUCUAUUGUGGUUUGGAGUAUCUGGCUGGAAAGGAAUUCCAGGAAUUUUAAACAUAAAUCAGCUUCACUUGAAGAAGUUCUUGAUAAGAUCCAAUCCUCCAUUUCUGAGGUGGUGUUUUCUUACAUCCAUAAAAAUUUGGAUCAUAUGAGGUCUUUUUCUCACUGGGAUAAUUGGGUAACUUGGAAGUGGAGCUCACUUCAUCCGAUGCCUUCUCAUGGGGCUUUAACAGCUGGUUUAUCUUCUCUUGUCAAACGUAGGAUGACCAAAUGGAGUCCUCCCCCGCAAUUCGCCUUCAAGUUAAAUUUUGAUGGGGCUUCUAAGGGUAAUCCGGGGAAAUCUGGAAUUGGAGUAGUGAUUUUUUAUCAUACUUCUAAGAUUAUUAAAGCUGUGGGAAAGUAUAUUGGUCUGAUCUCUAAUAAUGUAGCAAAAUUUCAGGUGUUAUCUUUUGGUCUUGAGCUUGCCAUCUCUUUGAAUAUUAAAGACAUUGUUAUUGAAGGAGACUCAAUGUUGGUUUUCUAG